CCCCCACCCGGCCUUCUAUUUCCACAAUGGCUUCUCCCUCGCUGAUUCAUCCAAAGCUGUAGAUCUGAUGAGUGUGGUCCAUUUCUGGGUCAGUGAGCAGCAUGCCACACUGCCUCACUGAAUGGAGAACAGAGAGGAGAGGCCAUAGCUUUCAGACCCUCACCAGGAAAACACACAAACCGACUACACAACACUCAUUACACUGUCAAACCCCACGUUCAAAUGCUGACACAUACUGUAUGUUCUCACAAAGCAGCGGCAGUUCUCACAGAGCACUGUACAUACUCUGAGGCAGCAUCUCUUCAGAGGAUUUGCAGUUACUCAGAAAACACAAGACACACCAGAGAGAGUAUGAGGUCGCCCUAUUUCCCAGCGAGGUCAGUACUUUUCCACAAGGAGCCCAACGGAGUGACGUACAGAGUCCCGGCACUGCUCUACCUGUCCCGCUCCAGCUGCUUCCUGGCUUUCUGUGAGGAGAGACUCAGCCCCUCUGACUCUCAGGCUCACCUGCUGGUCAUGAGGAAAGGCACUUUCUACAGGAACUAUGUGGAGUGGGAGGACAUGCGUGUUCUGGGCGCUGCUUUCCUGCCGGGCCAUCGCUCCAUGAACCCGUGCCCGGUGUAUGAUGAGUUCACAGGCACUCUCUUCCUGUUCUUUAUUGCUGUUCUGGGCCACACCUCAGAGUCCUAUCAGCUGGUGACAGGGAAGAAUGUAACCCGCCUCUGCUACGUCUCCAGCACCGACAAUGGAGACACCUGGAGUCCUGUCACUGACCUCACCAAGAGGGUCAUAGGAGACACCAUCAAAGAAUGGGCCACCUUUGCCCUCGGUCCAGGCCACGGCAUCCAGCUGAAAUCAGGACGUCUGCUGAUUCCCGCCUACGCUUAUCACAUCGAGUGCAAAGAGUGCUUCGGACAGCUCUGCCAGACCACUCCUCAUAGCUUCUGCUUCCACAGUGACACCCAUGGGCAGACCUGGCGUUUUGGGGAGCCGGUGCCGGGCCCAGAGAGCGUGGAGUGUCAGAUGGUGUCUGUGGAUGAAGAGGAUGGGACAAAUGUCUUGUACUGUAAUGCCCGCAGCCCGCUCGGCUACAGGGUGCAGGCACUCAGUCUGGACGACGGAGCAGUAUUUCAGGAGGGGCAGCUGGUGCAGCGGCUGGUUGAGCCUCGAAAUGGUUGUCAUGGUAGCAUUGUGGGAUUUCCAGCUCCGUUACAUGUAUGUCAAAGUCUUAACCAUCACUUACACCAACCUACACACCGCUCCAAACACUGGACACCCUGCAUGGCUCACUCAAAUCACACCACCUCUCCCUUCCCAAACAUCACCCCUGUCUCCACCAGCCCCUCGGCACCCAAUCAAAGUGCCCCUCCCGAUUUCCUUACUCCUACCUGGGUGGUGUAUUCCCACCCAACAUGGACCAGUGCACGCAAGGAUCUAGGCGUGUUUCUCAGCUUAUUUCCCCGGGAUCCAGACAGCUGGCGCGGCCCCUGGGUGAUCUAUGAGGGUCCCAGUGCCUACUCAGACCUGGCCUACCUGGAGCUGCCACCCUCACCUGGAACCCCACCCGCUGUGGCCUUCGCCUGCCUGUUUGAAUGUGGCACCAGAACAGCCUACGACGAAAUCUGCUUUAGCAUCUUCACCCUCUACGAGCUUAUUGAUAAUCUGCCGCGGGAGGGGCAGCUUAGAAGGGAUGGUGGUGAAUAUAAAAGACAGCAGAAUCACAAUCAAGUGCUUAAGACGGGCCGGGGGUGUACGAGUAAACACGAUGCUCAAAAAACAUGUGUUCACGUGAAGAAGAGGAGGAAGAAGAGCAAGCUGAGUGAGCUGUGCUCUGUCUCUUAAAUGUAGUUUUUAAAUCUUGCAUCAAGAGGUUUAAUGCCUCUUAAAAUGAAGUUUUCCAUCCAAGUCCAUCCAUGUUUUAUAGAAUAUUGUACCUCUUAUUGACAAGACUGAUUGUUCCUAUGAGUGAUGUGAUUUUUGUAGUUUUACACGGUGGAUACAUUUACAUUAUCUGCAACACUGUGUGACUCAGUAAUGAUUUCAGUUCAGUAUGUGGCCUUUUUGUUUUGAUGUUGCUCACUUGACAAUUUUUGAUUUUGUAGAGCACAUUAAGUGUCAUUAAAGUUUUCCCGACCCUUGA